AUGGGGCGUGGCAGUUAUCCUCGGGAAAAUGUCUCAAUACAACACAUUUUGUCCUUCCUGCUUGCAAGGAAUGCUGGUAAAUGCUGCGUAGGAUACAAAUGGAAUGACAAAAAUAAGACAUGUGAUGAGUGUGACAUUGGAUAUGAAGGAUACAGUUGCACUAAUAUCUGUCCAUAUCCAACAUAUGGAAUUGCAUGUCAGGAGAUAUGUGACUGUAACAAAUCCAAGUGUGACUAUCGCUAUGGGUGCAAGAUCAUUGCCGUAACAGAGAAAGACGAGCAUAAAUUGAUAACCAACAUACCGGAAAAAAACUGGACUAAUGGGAAUUCGAUGGAGAUAAAGAAUAGCAUACCACUUAAAGAUCCAUGCAAAAAGUACGAUUCUACAUCAACAACUAAAAGACUUUUUAUAGCAAUAAUAUGUUUAGUUUUAAUAUUCAUCAUUUUGAUCGCUGCACAUAUUGUAUUGUUUGUCAAGAUGAAAUAGAAAUCACACAAUGUUAA